GCAAGUUAUCCACAAUAACGCCCAACCUCCACGACUCUUUCCUCCUCCCAUUGAUGUUUCUGUAGACUUUUGAGGUCUUCCUCCACCCAUUCUACUUCCUCUUUACGAAUGGACUAUUCAUAACUCUCUCUCAAUUUCUAUCUCUGGUUUCUCCGCAGAACACAGAUAAAGUCGUAAAGACCCAAGGGAAAAUGGCAAUUGUGUUUGCAUUUCUCUGGUUUUCUUUCUUCACUCUGUUGUCUUGUUCCGUCUCAAUUGCCAAAAUUGGACCUGCAUUUCCUUCUUCACUCAUUCGGCCGGAGCAGCUCUCGCAGCUUGCAACCAAAAACCAGCUUUACCAAACAAAGUACUUCACGCAAAUACUUGACCACUUCAAUUUCAAUCCCCAAAGCUAUCAUACCUUUCAGCAAAGGUAUCUGAUCAACGACUCCUACUGGGGUGGUGCUCAUAAGAAUGCUCCAAUUUUCGUCUACACGGGAAAUGAAGGAGAUAUAGAAUGGUUCGCUCAAAACACAGGUUUCUUGUUCGAAACGGCACCCGAUUUCAAAGCCCUUCUUGUUUUCAUAGAGCAUAGAUUCUAUGGGAAAUCCAUGCCAUUUGGGGGCAACAAAGAUAUUGCUUAUACAAAUGCAAGUACACUUGGAUAUCUGAGCUCGACGCAGGCUCUGGCGGAUUAUGCCACUUUGAUCACUGAUCUAAAGAAAAAUUUGACAGCAACUGAGUCUCCUGUGAUCGUGUUCGGAGGUUCCUACGGAGGAAUGCUAGCAGCCUGGUUUAGACUGAAGUACCCGCACAUCACCAUUGGAGCCUUGGCCUCUUCUUCGCCUAUUCUCCAUUUUCUGAACGUGACAUCCCCAUACAGCUUUAACAACAUCGUCAGUCAUGACUUCAGGAGCGAGAGUGAGAGCUGUUACAAAGUGAUCAAAGGCUCAUGGCAACAAAUUGAAGAUAGGGCAAAUCAACAAGGGGGUCUCGACGUUCUCCGUAAAUCAUUUAGAAUAUGCAAAAAGGUUGAUAUUGUAUAUUUAGAGAGUUGGCUUCUUACCGCAUUAACUUACACGGCCAUGACCGAUUAUCCAACUCCUUCGAAUUUCUUGAACCCCUUGCCAGCCUAUCCAGUGAAACAGAUGUGUAAGGCGAUUGAUGAUCCAUCGACUGGAAAUGACACGUUCGCAAAGUUGUAUGGUGCAGCUAACAUCUACUAUAACUCCAGUGGAUCUGCCACGUGCUUUGAUCUUGAAGAUAAUUCUGAUCCCCAUGGCCUCAGUGGAUGGUCCUGGCAGGCGUGUACAGAGAUGAUAAUGCCAACAGGUGGAAACACUGAGGAGAGCAUAUUCCCAGCUUCAGAGUGGCUUUACGAAAAUCGAGCUUCUUACUGCAAAAAUAUGUUCGAGAUCGAGCCUAGACCCAAUUGGAUUACUACCGAGUUUGGUGGCAAGGAUAUCUACAGGGCUUUGAAAAGGUUUGGGAGCAACAUUAUCUUCUUCAAUGGCUUAAGGGAUCCUUGGAGCGGUGGAGGGGUGUUGAAGAAUAUAUCCAAAAGCAUAGUUGCUAUUGUUGCAAAUGAAGGGGCUCAUCAUGUGGACCUGAGGUUCUCAAGUAAAGAAGAUCCAGAAUGGCUCAAAGAUGUGAGGAAACAAGAAGUGAAUAUCAUUAAAACAUGGAUCUCUCAAUAUUACAGUGACUCGGAAUAUUUCCCUUCCUAGAGGUCAAGACUCCAGACCAAUGCGUUUUCUCAGAGAUCGAAGGUCCAUGCGAGGCAAAUUUAAAUAAUUCAAAGUUGACCGGACAGUAUGGUCCAUUUUACUUUCUUUUUAUUUUAUUUUAUUUUAAAAAGCAAUUUGGAAUGGAUGCAGGGUUAGAAGGUUGCAGAAAAAUUUUUACAAAUAGAAUUAGAAAAAAGAUAUUUGCAACCAUGAAUUAUGUAAUGGUUGCCUAAUCGUUUUGAAAAAAGUGAAUAAAACAUAAGAUUCACAUGAAAAAAAUUAUUAUUUU